AGGAUGCAGCGGCUGCAGAGCUUCGGCAGCGCUAUGAGGAGGAGCAGGAGAGAAGCUUCGAGGAGCAAAGCGUCCUUGCUCUGGAGGACAGGAAAUCGGCGCUGCUUCGAGCCAUGACAUCAUCAGGCUCUGAAUCUGGAGGAGGCUCCGAUGAGGCCCUGCAGCGCCGUCUGCUGGCCCUUGAGCAGAACUUCACCUUGCCCCGCUCAGCGCUGGUGGUGCAGCUGAGCACAGCCAGAGCGGGGCUUAGCCAUUGUCAUGAGUCUCGCGCUUUUCUGAAAGCGGAUUGGCCAAUCAGGGAGCCGGACAGCCCCCGCCGUGAGGCCAGGUACCAGGUGUUCAGAGACCUGCGGGGGCGGGGCUUCUACCUGACACCUGCAGGAAAGUUUGGAGGAGACUUUCUGGUGUAUCCAGGUGCCUCGCUGCGUUUCCACGCCCACUUCAUCGAUUGCCUGACUCUAGAAGAGUCCAUCUGCAUGCUGGACGUCCUGUCUGUGGUCCGGCUGGGCUCCAACGUGAAGAAAACAGUUCUGCUGUUCCCAGCUCCGGAUGGACCGGUCCAGUACACGUCGUUACAGUGGAGCGGGAUGGUGUAGCGGGGGACCGGACCGCUUCCUGCUGCAAUCAGGAAAUGACCAGAACCUAAGAGGGGACUGUGCAUGUUCGAGUAACUAAGCAUUCCAUCAGAAUCCUGAACCCGAGGUUUUAGAAUGGACAGGAACAAGUUUGAAACCAGAAUUGGACCCGAAUGAGGCUAAGUUUCUGCUGAACCCCUUCAAAAACAAACAGAUUCUGAUAUCACAGACAUUAGGGCCUCUUUGGCCCCGGACUGGAAGCUGAGGCCCCUUAGCUGAUGUGGAGUGGAUCUGGGUGGAUUCUGCUACAGUUUCCUGUGUUCUAUCAUUAUAAGUCCCCUAAUGGUCUUUGGGCCCCUCCUAAACACCUUUUGGCCCCUCAGGUUCUAGACGUAGAGGUUAAAAGGCCUAAAUGCCUAAAACCUUUUGGGCCCUUAGAUUGUUUCCUUUAAUUGAAGCAGUGAAGGAGGAUCUUCAUCAGCAAGUUUCUG